UAAGAGUCCGUCCUAAAUACUGUCAGUUGAUAGGUCCCUUCAUCUGCUGGGGACGGUUACCCGCCGAAGACAUCAUCAUCAAGUAUACAGGCCCAGGUACUGUCGCCUGAACCUGCUGGCAGUGUGGUCAUUUGGCAGUCUUCAACGCUAGCCUCCCCAUGGCUCAGGCUCUCUCUGUCAACAUCCAACGCUCACUCGCUCAAAGUCACCUGCUGGGGGCGCCACCAACGCAUCCAGUAUCAAGUCGUCACGUGUCCGGCUUGCGGCCUCACGGGAAAGGGGGGGCACUGCCACAUUUCCUAGUCAGCUGCCCCCUCCUGUUGGGCUGCGCCUCCCGCUUCAUGGCCGCCCCCGCUUCCGACCUGGGCCUCCUGGGAUACCUGCUACUACUUCUGCUGGUUACCCCGGUCUGGGUCGCAUCAGUCAGUCACCGACACCGACACCCUAAAAGCCAGGCAAAUUCAUUGAGUAGUGACGUGGGUAGGUCCCCGUCCCAGACUCUGGGACGGGUGGUCCUUUCAACCGGGUGGAACCUCGGCCCCCUAACACCCGGCCUGGCCCCUCCCAACUCACCCCCACUUUGUCUCCCCUCCCCCAUCCGUCGCCCGCCCCUCCCGUGGCGUGGCCUUGUGCCCACUCUGAAUUUGUUCCUCUCCUCAGCCUGUGGCCGGCCAGUUCUGGAGGGUAAGAUCUUGGGAGGAAUGCCAUCCCCCUUUCAGAAAUGGCCGUGGCUGGUCAGCCUGCAUUACGCUGGCUUUCAUUUCUGCGGUGGCUCCAUUCUCAAUGCCUACUGGGUGCUGACGGCAGCACACUGCUUUGCCAGGGUGAAGAGUAUUGAAAGCUUUGAUGUGUAUGUGGGCAUCAACAACCUCGACGUGGCCACCAGACACACCCAGUGGUUUGAGAUUAACGAGGUGAUCGUUCACCCCACCUACAAACUCUUUCACCCUAUUGGAGGGGACGUGGCCCUCGUUCAGCUGAAGAAACCCAUCAUAUUCUCUGACUCCGUGCUCCCCAUUUGCAUGCCGCCUUCCAACCUCAACCUCGACAAUGUGCCUUGCUGGGCCGCUGGAUGGGGAAUGGUCUCACCGCAAGGUGACACCUUGAAACAGCUACAGGAAGUCCAGUUGCCACUAAUCCCCAUGUUCCAGUGCCAGCUGCUCUAUGGAUAUGUGUCUUACCUCCUGCCGGAAAUGCUGUGUGCUGGGGACAUCGCGAAUGUGAAGAAUGUGUGUGAGGGUGACUCUGGUGGCCCACUGGUAUGUAAGCUGAACCAGACCUGGCUGCAGAUUGGAAUAGUUAGCUGGGGCCGCGGGUGCUCCCACCCCCUGUACCCAGGGGUGUUUGCCAAUGUCUCCUAUUUUUUGAAUUGGAUUAGUUAUCAUGUGAAGAACACACCCAUUCCUCCUCAGGUGUCCCCCUCGCUCUCUUCAUCCCUGAGAGCCACCCUUAGUGUUUUUGUGACCAUGCUGGCAAGCCUAUCGGUGUGGUGAGGCCUGGGACGCCACCCUUGUGGGAUGCCUCAUGCCCUGUUCCUGUUCUCUGUAGCUCUCCAGCCCCGUCCCCACACACUUUGUGUCAUGAAGCCAGGACACUUGUCCCAGACUUUAUCUAAGUCUGUAAAAAGCUGAGCAAAAGAAGUGGAGAGGGUCAGAGAUGGACCAGGAGGGAGAGCUGGGGGACAGCGGGGGUGAGCCAAGAGCUUGAGCUCUCUACAGUCAAACUUAUUAAAACAUUUGUGAAAGAGCCGCCUUGAACUCCUCACCUCGCCUCCCACUCCAGUGUCAUUACAGAGCCUUCCCUGUGCAAUGGGUGAAGUCCACACAUUCAGACAUGUGCCCCACCAUGUGAAAAGAGGCACAGGAGACUGGAGAGAUGGCUCAGUGCUUAAGAGCUGCUCU